GUUUGUUUCACUGUUUGCAGGCUACACUGCACAACAUUUAAAAUACUUACAUCACAAGAUUCCUUGAUGAAACUACUUGGGAGAAAAAGGAACUGAAGAACACCACUUCAAAAUGGAAAUAAGAAUAACACCAAAUGCCCUAAUAAACCGUAGGCAGGACCUAACCAAUGUAAUAUAGAUUAUAUGCAAGAAACAAUAUCAGGGAUAUAGCCCAAUGUCACAAGCAUCCAUAUAUUUCACUAAAAAGACAUCACCGUCAAGCUAUAGGAUAUAUGUCUUGCCCCUAAGCUUCUUGAACCAGUGAUUCCUCCCUUGUCCUGUGAAGCUAUAGAUGUGUCUAGCGUCCUUGCAAAUUUCUGUUUAUACUGAUAUACAGUAAGCACAAGAUAGAACAGUUUUGUCUAGAUUUUGGUUAUUGAUAGGAUUCAGUAAUUUGAUUUUAUUUGUGACAUUGUAUAUAUAGAGAGAUCAAUAACAGUUUAAAUGUUGUUUAAUGAAAAGAUACAACUGAAUCAUUAGUAUCAUCAGGUCAUCGUAUUUACAUAGUAACAAAUAUUACAUUACCGCAACCAGUAGCUCGUAAAAUAAUGCCUCGUGUUGUAUCAGACUUCCAAAUGAUCUUUUCGCGAAUUGAAAGCUUCCAUAUGCCUAUGUUCAUAGCGGUGGCAUGAGAGCGGUCGACGUGGAACCAUCAAGGCCGUCGAUCAACAUAUCAACGGAUGGUGAAUCUAGCACAUCUUCCCACCCUACUGCUACCACCGCGCCCGACCCGCAGUGGCAGCCCGCCAUCGCUACGCUGCUCUAUCCCCCGUUGGCACGCUGCUGCUCGGCCGUUCCGGCACUCCCCAGCUUGGCCGGCUUGGCCUCCGCUAUAUACGCCAGUCGAGCCGUGCCACGAUUCAAGAGGGGGAAAUUCCAGGGGCUCUGGCAGUGAUAGGCACGCAAAACCCGAGAAGGUGAGAACCAAACCUUGAGAAAACCCCAAAAGAGAUUCUCCUCACCCCUUUCACUAGCGCAACCGACGCCCGAGGCGGCGAGCUCGCCGGCGACUUUAGCCGCCGCCGCCUCCUGGCAGUCCUCUCCCGCAGCCUCGUAGGAUGCCGUGUCGCCUCUAUGGUGUCUGAGGGCGGCUCGGAGGACUUGCGCCCCUUCAGCUUAUCCGCCCCCCGCCGCCGGCUCAAUCGAGGUGAGCGAUUCCUCCUGUCCACAUGGCUUCUGAUCCCGGGGUGGUCCAUUGCUCGCGUGCAGCGCUUGAUUGUUGGGUUGUUUCUCUGAUCGCUGGUUGGGGUUUUUCCGUUCGGUUCAUGCUCUGUUCCCGCUGUGCUUGCUUGCUUGCUCUGUUUCGCCUCCGCAUUGUGCGGGGGUCUGGAUUUGCGUGUUGGGAUCGCGGUCGUGUGAGGCUGGGGUUGGUGAAUCGAAGCCCCCAAACCAGGGUUUUAGCACGUGCCAUCUACGGGGUUAGGGCACGUGACUAAUCGAAGGUUUGUGGUGCAUGUGCUCAGGUGACUACUUGAGAGAAGUCGCGAACGGUGUCUGCUGAUCCCGAGCGUGAUGUUUUUUGUGUGUUGUUUUCAUCUUCUCGUCAAGCCCACGUCAUUGCAGAGGAUGGUCGAGGCAACCGUGUUUCAACGGUAGAAAAACCAGAAAUUCUUGUUUCUGAAGGACUUCUUCAAAGUCCCCACCACCAUCAAUUCUCGAUGGAAUAGUCCUGAUCUCCACCGUGGCUCGUGUUGUCAAAGGGUGCCUCAAGGAAUAAGUCCUUAAAAAGGCCUGCAGGUUGCGGUAUGGGAAUUGCACUUGAACACUUCCCUAGAGCUGGUUACCUGACAAGCUCCUUGUCGGGACAGUGUCAACGGUUCUCUAGUCUGGUGCCUCACCCUGAAAAUCGAUCUGUAGUUGCUCCUUGAAAUACUUCUUUGAAGUUAGUGCAUUCGUGAAGAAGUGCCUGGAAUUUGCCUGAUCAAUAUCAACGGACACUGGAGGUCAGAAUGUAGCCCAGAAACCUUCAUUUAUUUAUCUUCAUAAUUCAGAAGCUUUGUCUGAUGUUAUGGGAAAAUAAUAACAUCUUCUACGAUGAUGAGAAAGAGAGUGUACGAUGGUAGGCAAUAGGAGCACAACCGCGGUCAGAACUUGUCACAUGUAGCAGCAAUUGUCUGUAAGCUCUCUGUGCUAGUUAUUUGGUAUCAUGCUAUUAUAUUUAUAUUUGUUCAUUUGUUAAUGUUGGUGUUUAGAUUGGAGGUUUUCAUGUGGAGUAGUUGAAGGGCAAAGCAGUUCAUACUUUAUCUAUGAUUGGUUAAAACCGGCUGCUUGAUUAUUGUUCCAUUCUUUGUUGCUGUGGUUUCCCUCGAUAGGUAACUGCUAUGGGCAGCAGCUAGUGAUAUUGUGUAGAACGUUGUAGGUUGUGUGUGCGUGUCUUUUUUUUCUUGUGUGUGUGUGUGGGGGGGGGGGGGUUCCCAUGAGACACGGUGAUGUCUUUUUAAUGAAAUAUAUUGAUGCUUGUGACAUUGGGCUGUAUCCCUGAUAUUGUUUCUUGCAUAUAAUUUAUAUUACAUUGGUUAGGUCCUGCCUAUGGUUUAUUAGGGCAUUUGGUGUUAUUCUUAUUUCCAUUUUGAAGUAGUGCUCUUCAGUUCCUUUUUCUCCCAAGUAGUUUCAUCGAGGAAUCUUGUGAUGUAAGUAUUUUAAAUGCUGUGUGGUGUAGCCUGCAAACAGUGAAACAAACUAGGAUACACUAUAAACUUGCAUUGCCAGAGUGUGGGUGUGGAUGUACACCUAGACCACCUAGGUUUAAGUCCUCGUCGAGGUGAAUUUUGGUAUUUUCUUCUUAAUAAAAAGCCAGCAAAUCCCUCCUAGGAUGGACCUAAAUCACGAACUUCCUAGAGCUACUCUUAAUGCCAUAAAAUUUGAUCUCAUGACCAGUACAGAUAUGGAAAAAUUGAGCAGCAUAAGCAUAAUAGAAGUGAGUGAUGUCACUAGUCCCAAGUUAGGGCUACCAAAUGGUUCACCGCAGUGUGAGACUUGUGGAUCGCAAAGUGAACGUGACUGUGAUGGGCAUUUCGGUGUGACUAAGCUGGCGGCAACUGUGCACAACCCAUACUUUAUCGAUGAAGUUGUUCAUUUUCUAAAUCAAAUAUGUCCUGGCUGUCUUAGUCCAAGGGAAAGCAUAGAUUUGAAGAGAUUGGAGAGCGAACCGGUUCGAGCAACAUGCAAGUAUUGCUUGAAGGAUGGCUCUAAACUUUACCCUAGCGUAAUCUUUAAGACGCUGUCAAGUCCAAGAGUAUUGUUAUCCAAGAGUAAACUUCACAGAAGCCCAAGUGUGAUGGAAAGAAUUUCGAUUGUUGCAGAAGCUACUGACAGAGUGUCUAAUAAGUCAAAGGGUAAAGGUUCGCUUGAAGGCCUCCCCCAGGAUUAUUGGGAUUUUGUACCUUCUGAGAAUCAGCAAUUGCAGUCUACUAUGACAAAGAUAAUAUUAUCACCCUACCAAGUCUUUCACAUGUUGAAGAAAAGUGACCCUGAACUUAUAAAACAGUUUGUUUCAAGGCGGGAGCUAUUGUUUCUAUCAUGUUUACCAGUGACUCCUAAUUGCCAUCGUGUUGUGGAAAUCGGAUAUGGUCUUUCAGAUGGGCGCCUAACUUUUGAUGACAGAACAAAGGCUUACAAGAGGAUGGUUGAUGUCAGUAGGAGAAUUGAUGACUACCGUCAGCAUCCGCAGUUCAGUGUUCUUGCAAGUUCACUUGUCUCAAGCCGAGUUUCAGAAUGCCUGAAGUCAUCCAAGUUAUACUCUAGAAAGACAGAUGGGGAGACAACCACAGAUACAUACGGAAUGAAAUGGCUAAAGGAUGCUGUUCUCAGCAAAAGAUCAGAUAAUGCUUUUCGGAGUAUUAUGGUUGGGGACCCAAAAAUUAGGUUAUGGGAAAUUGGCAUUCCUGAAGGUUUGGCUUCAAAUUUGGUUGUUUCUGAGCAUGUUAGUUCUUAUAAUUUAGAAAAUAUGAAUUUCAAGUGCAACCUGCACCUUCUAGCUAAGGAAGAACUGUUUAUUCGCCGAAGUGGGAAGCUAAUGUUUAUUCGGAAGGCAAACCAGCUAGAAGUUGGCGACAUUGCCUAUAGACCAUUGCAAGACGGCGAUCUUAUUCUCGUCAACAGGCCUCCUUCAGUCCAUCAACAUUCACUGAUCGCAUUAUCUACAAAAAUUCUUCCAAUUCAGUCUGUUGUAUCAAUCAAUCCACUAUGCUGUACGCCUUUUUUGGGAGACUUUGACGGGGAUUGUUUGCAUGGAUAUAUCCCACAAUCUAUACGAUCAAGAAUUGAGCUUGGAGAGCUGGUAAGCUUACACCAGCAGCUGUUGAAUAUGCAAGAUGGUCGAAGUUUAGUGUCACUAACACAUGACUCUCUAGCUGCUGCAUAUUUGUUAACAAGUACAGAUGUUUUUCUGAAAAAAUCUGAAUUACAGCAGCUUCAAAUGCUAUGCCUUUCAGUAUCAAAAACACCAGUACCAGCAGUAGUUAAAUCUAUGGACUUUCAAGGUUCUCUGUGGACGGGUAAACAAUUUUUCAGCAUGCUUCUUCCUUCAGGCAUGAAUUUCAGUUGUGAUAGGAAGUUGCAAAUAAUAGACAGUGAAGUUCUUACCUGCUCAUUGGGGUCUUCUUGGCUACAAAAUAGCACAUCUGGUCUCUUUUCUAUCAUGUUCAAACAGUAUGGUCACAAGGCACUUGAGUUCCUUUCUUCUGCCCAAGAAGUACUAUGUGAGUUCUUAACGAUGAGGGGUUUAAGUGUCUCUCUUUCAGAUCUCUAUAUGUUCUCAGAUCAUUACUCAAGGAGAAAACUGACUGAGGGAGUCAAACUGGCUUUGGAUGAAGCUGAAGAAGCUUUCCGAAUCAAGCAAAUAUUGCUAGAUCCUAUUAACAUACCAAUUCUAAAGUGUCAUGAUGAAACUGAAGAUGUAAUUUACAGACAAUCUGAUAAUAUUCAGAGCAAUCUAUCAGUUGUCAGAUCUUCAAUCAUGGCAUUUAAAGAUGUCUUCAGCGAUCUCCUAAAAAUGGUGCAACAACAUGUUAGCAAUGAUAACUCGAUGGUGGUGAUGAUUAAUGCGGGAAGCAAGGGUAGCAUGCUGAAAUAUGCGCAGCAAACUGCAUGUGUUGGUCUUCAACUUCCAGCAAGCAAAUUUCCCUUCAGAAUUCCUUCCAAACUCUCAUGUAUUAGCUGGAAUAGGCAGAAGUCAUUAAAUUGUGAAGCUGAGGGUACCAACGGACAUGUGGGAGGUCAAAACCUUUACGCUGUAAUCAGGAAUUCCUUCAUUGAGGGUUUAAAUCCAUUGGAGUGUCUUCUGCAUGCUAUAUCUGGAAGGGCAAACUUCUUCAGUGAGCAUGCUGAUGUGCCUGGGACACUAACGAGAAAAUUAAUGUAUCACUUGAGAGAUCUACACGUUGCUUAUGAUGGAACUGUUAGAAGUUCUUACGGGCAGCACAUAUUGCAAUUCUCUUAUGAUACUGCUGAUGAUAUGUACUGUAAUCGUGAUCGGGUAGAUGAAAUUGGUGCCCCUGUUGGUUCUUGGGCCGCUUGUUCGAUUUCAGAAGCUGCAUAUGGAGCUUUGGAUCACCCAGUUAAUGGUUUAGAGGACUCCCCUCUAAUGAAUCUACAAGAAGUAUUUAAGUGUCACAAGGCUUCAAAUUCUGGUGAUCAUGUUGGUUUUCUUUUCCUGUCAAAGAAUUUGAAGAAGCAUAGAUUCGGUCUGGAAUAUGCAUCCCUAGAAGUUAAAAACCAUCUCGAGCGAGUUAACUUCUCUGAUUUGGUUGAAACCGUCAUGAUUAUAUAUGAUGGAUGUGACACAACAAGAAAAGGAGGACCUUGGACCACCCAUUUUCAUAUAAGCAAGGAAAUGAUGAAGAAGAAAAGGUUAGGAUUGGGAUUUGUUGUAGAAGAGCUUACAAAAGAGUAUGACGCCACCAGAAACCAGCUAAACAAUGAAAUCCCAUCAGUUCGUAUUUCAAAGAUAAAACGUUCAGUAGGUGAUGAGUGUGUUCAAAAUUCAACUUGCUGUAUCACAGUGGUAGCACAAGCUGAAUCCAACUCCAUGUCUCAGUUGGACACUAUCAAGAAAAGAGUCAUUCCAAUCAUACUGGAUACACUACUGAAAGGUUUUUUGGAAUUUAAGGAUGUCGAGAUCCAGUGUCGGCAUGAUGGUGAACUUCUCGUGAAAGUUGGUAUGUCUGAGCAUUGCAAGGCUGGGAGGUUCUGGGCUACUCUACAAAAUGCUUGCAUUCCAGUAAUGGAGUUGAUUGACUGGGAGCAGAGUCAACCAAAGAAUGUAUAUGAUAUUUUCUGUUCAUAUGGCAUAGACUCGGCAUGGAAAUGCUUUGUUGAAUCUUUAAAAUCAGUAACGGCUGAUAUUGGAAGAAAUGUUCGUCGGGAGCACUUACUAGUUGUUGCAGAUAGCUUGUCUGUGACUGGGCAGUUCCAUUCAUUAAGCAGUCAAGGUUUAAAGCAGCAGCGCACUCGGUUGUCAAUCUCAUCUCCAUUUUCUGAAGCAUGUUUUUCUAGGCCUGCACAAAGUUUUAUAAAUGCUGCAAAGCAAUGUUCAGUGGACAAUCUGUGUGGAAGUCUAGAUGCAAUUGCUUGGGGCAAAGAGCCUUUCAAUGGGACGUCAGGGCCUUUUGAAAUUAUGCAUGUGGGAAAGCCACAUAAACCAGAAGAAAAUGAGAGCAUCUAUGGUUUCUUAUGCAAUCCUGAAGUUCAGAAUUUUGAAAAGAAUUGUUUGGAUUCCUGCAGACAUAGUACUGAGAAUGCUUCGAGAUGUAGGUUAGCAUGCAAGUCUAAAGGCAGUGCGACCAUCAACGGUGGCAACAUAACUAUCGACCAUGGCUUUCUUCAUGCUAAAGUUGGUAUAUGGGAUAACAUUAUUGAUAUGCGCACUUCGUUACAGAACAUGCUAAGAGAGUACCCAUUAAAUGGAUAUGUGAUGGAGCCAUAUAAAUCGCAAUUAGUCGAAGCCCUGAAGUUUCAUCCUAAAGGGGCUGAAAAGAUUGGUGUUGGAGUAAAAGAAAUUAAGAUUGGACUGCAUCCUAGUCACCCAGAUACAAGAUGCUUCAUUUUACUGAGGAACGAUGAUACAACUGAAGACUUCUCUUACAAAAAGUGUGUUCAGGGUGCUGCAAACUCUAUUUCACCCCAACUAGGAAGUUAUUUUGAGAAGAAACUAUAUCGUAGAGGAUAAGUUGUCACACUAAUUGGCACUUGGUAGUGAUCCUGGCAUUUGCCUUGUCCUGACCAGACCAUAUGACCAACUUCUAAGAAAGAAGCACCUGUCGCAUAGGAAGGGUGCUCAAAUUGCUCACAAAGAAUGAAUCAGCUUAGAUCUCCUGCAUCUUCCUAGCAUCUACUCAAAGGAUAGAAGCUCAGAAUAUCGCUGGGAUUGGGAUGAAUGUCAACUCAACUCAACUCAAUGGGACUACCAAAGGCAGGCCUGAAAGAGUCGUGACUCUGGUUUCAUGCCUCCAUUUCCGUAGUCCGUAGUCUGCUAGUCUGCAUGUUGUCUAUUGUGAGCAUAUUACGCCACUACAACAUGAUGUGAAAUAUUCGUUUAUUUUGUUUCCGGAAUUGUUGGUGGCACGACAUACAAUAGGCGCUACCACCAUCCUUGUAUUACUUGCACCUCCAGGCAUUCUACUGUGAUAAUCAUGAAAAGCUUCAGGUUGCUUCAA